AUGGCAGAUUAUUUGGAGAACAACUUGUUUCAUCUUCCUGAUGAUGACAACACAGAGGAUGAGACAUUCCCACCUCUCCCUCCUCCUUCGUCCCCAGGAAGACAUGAUGCUGAUUGGGCUCAGCCUAGUGGAGGUGGAAACCAGCAGUCCCAGACAAAAGACUCUGCUGUGCCCACAUGGAGAGCAGUUAAGAGACCAAUGCCUAAACUUGAUGCUCAGAGGUUAAUUUCUGAACGAGGACUGCCAGCCCUGAGGCACAUGUUUGACAACGUGAAGUUCAAGGGGAAAGGGCACGAGGCAGAAGACCUGAAGACACUCAUACAACAUAUGGAGCACUGGGCCCACAGACUCUUCCCAAAAUUGCAGUUUGAGGAUUUUAUUGACAGAGUGGAGGCUUUGGGAAACAAAAAAGAAGUUCAGACCUGCCUGAAGCGAAUCAGACUUGAUCUUCCUAUUUUACAUGAAGACUUCAAAAAUAAUGAAGAUGGAGAAGGGGACAGCAAUGGACUGGAUGCAGCUGCUGAAGAUGGGCAUUCCCAGGCUGGAAGUGCAGAACUCAGUUCUGUGCCUGGCACGUCUCUGACGGAGGAGCAGCAGGAGCGGAUGGAGAGGAACAGGCAGCUGGCCCUGCAGCGGAGGCAGGCGAGGCUGCAGGGGCACAGCCAGGCCCAGCACACAGAGCUCCCCACGAGUUACUCAGAAGAGGAGUUUCCCAGCCCAGUCUCUCAGGAUCCCACUGACCCUGCUGAAGACACUCAGGUGCCUGCAGCCGAGGGUGCUGUUACUGAUGAUGAAUUGUAA